AUGAGUGACAUUUCAUUUAAUUGUACAUUAAAUGAGAAAAUGUUACAAGACUCCUUUAGAAGUACAUUAGAAGAGUGUUUUGGAAUGUUAGCAAGUGUCUAUAGUUUAAAGGUUGUUUACUAUAGUGUAUUACUUGGGUAUGCAAUAAUAAGAUGUACAAGAGAAAUAUAUAAGCUAGUUUGGACGUGUAUAACAUUAACAAAUUGCAUAAUUUCAUUCCCGGUAUCAUGUAAUGUAAUUCAUUGUGGCAGUACACUAAGGUGUUGCCAAAAUGAGCUAAUUAGAUUAUUUGAGAUUGAGAAACUUGUAUCGAACAAUAUAAAAGUAAUAGAAAAUGAAAAAAAGGAGUUACUUGGUAUAUUAGAUGAGAUUUUAUAA